AUCGUUCGCAAGUGACUCGGCUGUAGGUGCUUCGGUUGCGUGUUACUGUAAUCGAAAGAUAAUUUUAUCGGAAGAUUUAUGUAAUAAUAAAAGCAUUUAUGGAAAAUCAAAAGAUUAGAUAAUAUAUAUGUUAAAAAGUCUCUGUUAAUCAUUUAUUGGUUUUUUAGUUAGAAAUCCCGGAACCGAAAGAGUUUUGGUGUAAGAAAAUGGCUUCCAUUGAGAAAAUUGCCCCUAUUGCUGGAGCAAUUCUUCUUCCUCAUGUGGGUGGUAUAACUGCCGCAUUUAUUACUAGAAAAGAAGUGAAAACAUGGUAUGAGACAUUAAGACGUCCAUCAUGGAGACCACCUAACUGGAUGUUUGCUCCAGUCUGGACUAGUUUGUACACUGGCAUGGGAGUAGCCUCAUAUUUAGUAUGGAAAGAUGGUGAUGGUUUUCAAGGUCCAGCAAAGUUACCAUUAAUAUUAUAUGGAACAAACCUUAUUCUUAAUUGGGCAUGGACACCUAUAUUCUUUGGAGCACAUAAAAAGGGAUUGGCUCUUGCUGAAAUACUUGUCCUUUGGGGUACAGUAGGUGCUUGCACUUACACAUUUGCAUCUGUCAAUAAGACUGCUGCCUACCUUAUGGUACCUUAUUGGGCUUGGUUAUCACUGGCUUCAGCACUUACUUACUGCAUAUGGAGAGACAACAAGGAUAAAGAAGAUUAAUGUUGACCUAUAGAUCAAGACCUUUUUGUCACCGACUAUAAUUUGCCAGUGAAUUGAAUUGAAUAGCUUUUAAAAGUGUCCAAUGUAUUAUGUAUGAAUUUUAUUGAAAAAUAAUUUUUACAUACAGUGAUAUUUUUAUACUUAAAAUUUGUCGAUAAAUUCUUGCUUUGUAGUAAAAGGGCGCUUUAGAAAAAGCGUUUUUCGAUGCCUUUACAAUUAGGAAAUACUAAUCUUAAAUUACGUUUUUACUUUUGUAAGAUUUGUAUUGUACAGGAUUUUAUUUUUGUAAUAAUUUUAUACCUAAGAAAAAUACAUUGCUUUUUUUAACAAUGAA